AUUGCAUUUGCACGCAUCAACUUUCACUUAUGGUUGGCGAAGAUGGGGUCAAGUUGUGCUUUCUCGCGGGGAAACGGCGCUUCGGUGCUGCUGCUGCUGCUGCUGUGGAUGUGGAUGCUGCUGCGAGGGGCUAAAGGAUUGUACUUCCCUCAGAACGAGUACAAGGAGACCAUUUAUGUUGGCCAGAGAGCAGGGAGCUGGGUCCUCCAGGUCCACGCCAUGCUGGACAACGAGUCAGAGAAGCCGCACUUCUACCUGUGCUGGCUGAGCUCGCCCAAGCGGACCGCUUACAGCUCCUGGUUUAACAUGGACCCCGACACAGGGGUGCUGUCCUUGAGCAAAACCCUGGACGAGAAUGACUUUGCCUCGCUAUAUAAACCUUCUUGGUCGGUGAAGAAGUUGUCCCUCUAUGUCAUGGUGCUACCAACACUCACCAAGCUGUCCUUAUGCAGUACAAAUUCCCCUCGGAUCAUCCUGGACUUUGUUAAUGCAACGAUGCCACAGUGUGCACAGACAGAUAUGAAAGAGCUAUGCUUCUCUCACCGAGACACUUCCAAACCACACAUCAUGGAGAACAGGUUCCCCGGGGCCGUAAUGCAGCUGCGACGACUCUCCAGACUCAAUGUGUGCCCCAACUACACCAUCUCUUACAGUGUGGAAUCAGAGACGCCUGCACCAUUCGCUGUGAAUCAGAACACCUCAGAGAUGGUCGCGACUGCUCCUUUAGACCGAGAAGAAAGUGAACGUUAUAGGCUCCUGUUAGUUUGCACAGUUCGGACGGAGAGCGCCAUCACAACGCUGGACACUCCUCUGGAUGUUUUUGUCAAUGACGAGGAUGAUAACGCGCCAUAUGUGAAUGGAACAGACACAGCAGAUAUUGUCAUCAGCUUCAAUCGGACUAAAGGUGGUACUUAUGGCACGUUGUCAGUUUUUGACAGGGAUUUGACCUCCAUUUAUUCCAUAGACCAGAGUCACAAUAGAUAUGUUGAGACUCUGGUCAACACUGACCAAUGGACAAAGAAAACAUUUGAUGUAAAACGCAGCUUCAGUGAAAAGAAAGCUGCUCACAACGGCGUCAGAGAAACCAUUCAUAACUAUCAGCUGGUCCUCAAGAGGAACCUGCCUGUGACGGAGAAUCGCAGCAUGCAGCUGGACUACCAGGUCAAUGACACCACCUACCCGGGUCUACAGCGAGCUGUGUCACUUCACUUCAACGUCACCAUCUUACCAGUCCACAUCCGCUUUGAGAACACCACACAUAUCUUCAAGCUCACACGCAGAGCUUCGAUCUAUGCUCAGGUUGGCAGAGUCUGCGUGGAAAACUGCCAACAAUUUGAUGGCUUCAGUGUCACAUACCAGCUCAAGGUUCCCGAUAAGAACAUCUCUGCUGACGAGCUGUCCUGCUAUGCGGCCAUAAGCAUCACCCAGGCACCUGACCAAAUGUGGGGACUCCUCUACGUCAAUGACUCUGAGCCUCUGCGACGACCCGAGUGCCAGGAUCUGCAGUACAUUGCUGUCGCUCAGGAGGCGCACACACAGUUGGAGGCCAGCACUCAGCUCCAAAUCGUUCUGGAUAUUGAAGUAAACCAGGACAGUCAAGAGAGUCAGCAGUUUCUUUCCUGCGCAGAAAACAGACACAGAGGCGAUUGUGAGUCCACCAGAGGACUAGGGGCGACCACUGGGAGAUGCCAGUGGAGGCAAGGCACUGAAAAAGGAAUUACAGAAAACUACUCGACCUGCUCCCCAGACCUGGUCACAUGUCCAGAUAGCUUUUGUGAUGCAAUUGAAAGCAAGGAUACAUCAAUAUGCCCGCAAGACUGUACGAAGGAAACUGUCACCGGAGGUCACGAACUCGGCCUGAGGAACGGCAUCCAGGCUGGCUACGGGACCUGCUACUGCUUGACUGAGAGAUGCUUCUGCGAAAAGGAAGAUAUUGAGGAGGUGCUAUGUGACGACAUGUGUAAGACUGUCAUCGCCACGGCUCUGCUCCUCUCCUUCAUCAUCUCCAUCCUCCUUUCUUCAUACUUCCUCCACCGGUACCACAAGAACUCCCCCAAACCCCCAAUAGCGUCGGCUGAGAUGACUUUCCGCCGGCCAGCCCAGGCCUAUCCCAUCAGCUUCCCUGCUAACAACCUACGUAGAGGCUCGCAGGAAUCCAUCGAGGCCGACACCUUUAAAAUACCCGAAGAUCCCAAAUGGGAAUUCCCUCGUAAGAACCUAGUGCUUGGCAAGACUUUGGGAGAGGGAGAGUUUGGGAAAGUUGUCAAAGCAACAGCAUUCAGGUUGAAAGGAAAAGCGGGUUAUACUACUGUGGCUGUGAAAAUGCUUAAAGAAAACGCCUCCCAUAGUGAGCUACGGGACCUGUUGUCAGAAUUCACUUUACUCAAGCAAGUUAACCAUCCUCACGUCAUAAAGAUGUAUGGAGCAUGCAGCCAGGAUGGUCCAUUAUACCUGAUCGUCGAAUAUGCCAAGUUCGGGUCACUUCGCAACUUCCUACGCGAGAGCCGGAAAGUUGGCCCGAGCUUCGUGGGAAUGGACGCGAACCGAAACUCCAGCUACUUGGAGAACCCAGACGACAGGGCACUCACUAUGGGUGACCUGAUCUCCUUUGCAUGGCAGAUAUCCAGAGGCAUGCAGUAUUUAGCUGAAAUGAAGCUUGUUCACAGGGACCUUGCAGCACGAAAUGUACUCGUGGCAGAGGGAAGAAAGAUGAAAAUCUCAGACUUUGGCCUCUCCAGAGAUGUGUAUGAGGAGGACUCUUACGUUAAGAGGAGCAAGGGUCGAAUACCUGUUAAAUGGAUGGCGAUAGAGUCCCUGUUUGAUCACAUUUACACAACACAAAGUGAUGUCUGGUCCUUUGGAGUGCUCUUAUGGGAAAUUGUGACAUUAGGAGGUAAUCCGUACCCGGGUAUUGCACCCGAACGCCUCUUUAACCUGUUGAAGACUGGCUACAGGAUGGAGAGACCGGAGAACUGCUCCGAGGAAAUGUAUAACCUCAUGGGCCGAUGCUGGAAACAAGAAUCAGACAAGAGGCCGACAUUCUCUGACAUCAGCAAAGAACUGGAAAAGAUGAUGGUUAAAAGUCGGGAUUACCUGGACCUGGCAGCGUCCACGCCUGCUGAUGCCCUGCUGUACGAUGACGCGCUCUCUGAAGAGGACACACCACUUGUGGACUGUAAUAACGCCCCUAUCCCUCGAACCCUCCCCUCCACAUGGAUUGAAAACAAGCUCUAUGGCAUGUCAUACCCGAACUGGCCCGAGAAGAGCCCGGUACCGCUCAACAGACAUGAUGCCACUAAUCCAGUCUUUACAAGAUAUGCCAAUGAUAGUGUUUAUGCAAACUGGAUGGCUUUGCCUACACCCGCAAAAACUGUGGACAAGCUCGAUAGCUAGAUGUGACAAGACAAAUCCACACUGUCGAAAAGGUGUGUUGGUAGAUGUGUAUAUUUCUAUAAGACUGUAUAUAUACAAUCUGAUGCUAAAGUUGGUUCCCUUUUAUUUCUGUUGCACUGGUAUUAAAAGUGGGGUCUCUUUUUGCUGCAAAACUAGCUGGAUCAAAGUAGGCCAUGUUUCAUUCAGCUCUUACGUACGUAUGUUAAUUAUUACCUCACGGUCGUGUUGGCCACAUUGUAUCACUGCAUGACUGUUGUACCAGAUUGUAUGUCAGUGUCAAUGUCUUUUAAGUGCCUGUGCAGCUUCGACAAUAGCCUCCAAAUAUUGCUACUGUGAAGAUCAUGUUCCAGCCCAGGAAUUAAAGGGGACACCUUUACCAUCAUCUGCUGUAGACAACUGGGAUUGAGUGGACACAAAAUGUAAAGUUUUCACUUUGGAGGACUGCGCUCCUUAUCAUGUCCAAAGACCAAUUUUAUGUUUUACCCACAUGAUGUUUCAGAAACAUUUUCAAACACAGGUAAAACGAAAUAUUUUUUUGAAUAAUGUGAGAAAUGUCAGGAAAUUAGUGCUACUCUUGUUUGAUGACUUAAGGCAAAUUGUGGUCAUUUUCAGCAUCAUUUUUUCAUUCAGUGUAAAAACAAACGUCAAGGGAAAACCUUAUGUAAACUAACGAGUGCUAUCAUUGCUAUGUUUUUCUUUGAUUAUGUUCCAGUUAAUAAACAAUA